GCGCAGUUAAUGAAAUUUUACUCACACGUGCUGUUAGAAGGGCAUUGGCGAUACUGCCAAAAUGACAGGUUUAAAGAUGAUUUCGACGGCACGAUUGUCAGCAAGAUACUUGAAAAACUCACCUUUCCUUUUGCAACACAGAAAUGCAUCUGAUUUCUCGAGAAACACGUCCCUUCACAAUAUCAUUGGUAAACAAUGUUGGAUGCAGAGAAGAUACAGGUCAGACAAGGUGCGUGGCCAUGUUAUUGGCAUCGAUCUGGGUACCACCAACUCCUGUGUUGCCGUUAUGGAAGGCAAGGCAGCCAAGGUGCUGGAGAACUCCGAAGGUGCCCGGACAACUCCCUCAGUAGUGGCCUUUACCAAGGAUGGGGAAAGGCUGGUUGGAAUGCCUGCUAAACGGCAAGCUGUAACCAAUGCUGAAAAUACACUGUCUGCAACAAAACGUUUGAUUGGUCGACGAUUUGAGGACAAAGAAGUACAGAAAGAUAUGAAAACUGUGUCCUAUAAGAUCACCAAGGCAUCCAAUGGGGAUGCCUGGCUGGAGGCCCAGGGCAAGGUGUACUCCCCCAGCCAGGUGGGAGCCUUCGUGCUGAUGAAGAUGAAGGAGACGUCUGAGAGCUACCUAGGUACAAGUGUGAAGAAUGCUGUUGUCACAGUGCCUGCAUACUUCAAUGAUUCCCAGAGACAGGCUACAAAGGAUGCUGGUCAGAUUUCGGGACUCAACGUGCUGCGAGUCAUCAAUGAACCCACUGCAGCUGCCCUGGCCUAUGGCAUGGACAAGUCUGCUGACAAAGUUAUUGCUGUGUAUGAUCUGGGAGGCGGUACGUUUGAUAUCUCCAUCCUGGAGAUUCAGAAAGGGGUAUUUGAGGUCAAGUCCACCAAUGGCGACACUUUCCUGGGUGGAGAAGAUUUCGACAAUCAUCUAGUCUCUUUCCUAGCCAAGGAAUUCAAGAAAGAUCAAGGUAUAGACAUAACAAAGGAUACCAUGGCAAUGCAGAGGCUGAGAGAGGCGGCAGAAAAGGCGAAGAUCGAGUUGUCGUCAUCCUUACAGACGGACAUCAACCUCCCCUACCUUACAAUGGACUCCAGUGGCCCAAAACACAUGAACCUGAAGUUAAGCAGGUCCAAGUUUGAGUCCAUAGUGAAUGAUCUCAUCAAGAGGACAGUGGGACCCUGUCAGAAAGCUCUGCAGGAUGCGGAAGUGAAGAAGUCUGAUAUAGGGGAGGUCAUCCUUGUUGGUGGCAUGACCAGAAUGCCCAAAGUUCAAGAGACAGUCCAGGAGCUGUUUGGACGUACUCCAAGCAAGUCUGUCAACCCAGAUGAAGCUGUAGCCAUUGGAGCUGCCAUCCAGGGUGGUGUGUUGGCUGGAGAUGUCACGGAUGUGCUGCUGCUGGAUGUCACUCCCCUCUCCCUAGGCAUAGAGACUCUUGGAGGAGUGUUCACCAAGCUCAUCAACAGAAACACAACCAUUCCCACAAAGAAGAGUCAGGUGUUUUCGACAGCUGCUGAUGGUCAGACCCAGGUGGAGAUCAAGGUGCACCAAGGGGAGCGAGAGAUGGCUGCCAACAACAAACUCCUGGGACAGUUCUCUUUGGUUGGUAUUCCUCCAGCUCCCCGAGGCGUACCACAGGUUGAGGUGACCUUUGACAUUGAUGCAAAUGGCAUUGUUAAUGUCUCUGCUCGGGACAAGGGUACUGGUAAAGAACAGCAGAUUGUAAUCCAGUCGUCGGGAGGUCUCUCCAAGGAGGACAUCGAGAACAUGGUGAGAAAUGCAGAGAAGUAUGCUGAGGAGGACAAGAAGAGGAAGGAAGUUGUGGAGGCAGUGAACAGUGCAGACAGUAUCAUCCAUGAUACAGAGACAAAGAUGGAUGAAUACAAGGACCAACUGCCAGCUGAUGAGUGUAACCAGCUGAAGGAGAAGAUCACCAAGGUGAGGGAGGUGCUUGCCGACAAGGACAUCGAGACCGCUGACAGCAUCCGAGAGGUCACAUCGGACCUCCAACAAGCAUCACUCAAACUCUUUGAGAUGGCUUACAAGAAGAUGGCGUCAGAGAGGGAAUCAUCCUCCUCCUCAUCUUCCUCUGAGGAAUCCAGUGAUUCCACAUCAUCAUCAUCAUCAUCAUCAUCAUCUGAGGAGAAGGAAGAGAAGGAAGAGAAGAAGGAUAAGAACUAAGUGUUAUGAUACGAGUUGUGAGAUACACGGAACAGUGGCUUCGUCUGCAAGCACACGCCACAGACACUUGUGAGAUACACGGAAGUGAUCAUUAUUGUGUGUGGGUUAGAUAUUCAUUGAGAAUAGUAGUCAGCUCAUCUAGCAGAUUGCACCCAGUACAUACAGACAUACAUUCUUGUACAGGUCAUCAUCAAGUUGCACAGAGUCAUCAUCUGUAUUGAAAAUUCCUUCAUGAUAAAAAUCAAAGUGUUUGAUAAAAAUAUGGUUCCAUCGCCAAGCAAGAUGUAUGCUACGACAGCACUGCGCUGC